AUGGCACCUCGCGCCCCAGCAAAAUGCAAGCCGAGUACAGUGGCAGAAGAUUCCAUAAGCACGGCAUCCGCCUCCGACUCCCCUGCUCUAAAACCCAAGACCGAAAAAGCCAAAGUUGAAAAAUCGAAAGGAGGUGCUGCUGAGAAAGCCAAGACGAGCAAGAAGGUGGAGAAGGCCAUUUCCGCCGCUGCUACUGCUGCUGGAGGAAAAGAUGCCAAAGAGAAACCAAGCGCAGGGAAGGAUGGGAAAACGAAGCCUGUUAGCGGCGAUGAGGCGGAGAAGUUGAUUCUCCAGUAUCUAAAGGAGCAGAAUAGACCUUAUAGCGCGACGGAGGUUAGUGCUAAUCUACAUGGAAAGGUGACCAAAACGCUCGCAGAUAGACUUCUAAAAGAGCUCGAACAAGCUGGGAAAAUCAUGGGAAAAGCGACUAAUGGCGAUAAAAAAGGCAGUCAAUGGGUGUUUUGGUAUUUACAGGACAAAGCCGACCAAGCUUCUCCCACCGAACUCCUCUCCAUGGACGAAACCAUCUCCACCCUCCGCACAACCACUGUACCAGCCUUGAAAUCCCGCUUCAAAGCCCUAACAACCAAUCUCUCUACCAUCCUCUCGGCGCCUACAACCUCCGAGCUUACCAUUCUAAUCGCCAAUCUCCAGACCUCCAAUGCGGAGAAGAGGAGCAGGAUCUCGGAACUUAAAGCAGGACAGGAUGGGAAUGGUAAAAAUGGUGGAAAAGGAGCGGUAACGAAAGAAGAAGCCGAAAGGGUGCAGAAAGAAUAUGCGUAUUGGAAAAGUAAGAUGGGGGUUAGGAAACGGUGUUUUCGCGAGCUGGAGGGGAUGCUUAUGGAGGGGAUGAGUAGAGAUGAGAUUUGGGAGCGGGUUGGGAUCGAAGACGUUGAGGGCGACGGAGGUUGA